CGACGUUGCCAACAAGACACCGAGUGGGCCAACAACGACGGAAUGAUAUUAGUAUUUCUCUCUUUUAAAAUAGGAUUAUUACAUUGGAAAUAAUAAUCGAUUGUAAGGCCAAAUUAAUGAGAUUUAAAACAAAGAUUAAGUCUUGACCUGAUCUCAUUUUUAAAUCAAAAGUGUUAUACACAUUGUUACCACUUUUCUUUCCCAUGGACACUUGAACUAGAUUUUAAGCUUAUUCGACGAUGGAAUGAUUUGAUAUUUGGAUAACAUUAAGAUGUCAGCUAUCGAAGUCGCUCGGUUUGGGGAACACCCUCAUAAUAUUCCGGAUCCGUUACCAUGUGGAAAUUAUGUCGCCAGCCAAUUACGGUGUGCAUAUGAUGAUAGUUCCAAUCUCUUCCCAGCAUCCGCUGGAUCCCAGAGAUCGUACAACAAAUAUACAUCUGUCACAAUGCAGGAUUUCUUUAUCAAGGAUUUUAAUGAGACUGAUCCUGAUUAUGACGAUGCACCGUUUCAACGAAAAAGAGAAACAGUAGGUGAUGUACUCUCGAAACCUCAUGCACAUCAAAUGUUUCAUAGUUGGAAUGUACCUCCCCGUUAUGUCGCCAGUGACGACGAUACUUUUAUUACAGGUAUGGUUCCAGAAGAACCUACGAUGGUAACACCACCAGCACCAGAAAGAAUUAGUCGCCAAAUGUCACGGGACAGCAAUGACGUUAAAUUACCUAACAUUAACUUAAGAAACAAAAAGGCUUCUGCUAAAGGAAUGACCAGAGAAUAUACCAAAAUACAAGACAAAGGCCCAUUACAGAUGACUGCCGUACCUACUGUGUUGAAACCUCAAAGAUCCCGUACUGACUUGAUGAUGAAACCUUCCAUACCAAACCAAACAACUAAACCAGAACCAUUCGUACGUUCAGUGACAGACUUAAAACCUUCUGUAAUGAAGAAAACCGAGACAAAUAAUAAUAUGGAAGAUAUAAGAAAGGAGUUUCAAAAAUCGCUACAACCUCAUGCAGUAAGAACGGCUGAACACUACUUUAAAUUGGCACCACAAACAGAUCGCAAGGUGAUUGAACGCAUUCUUCGCAUGACUGAAAAGAAACAUCAAAUGGACAACACAUUAAAGAAGACUCUGUUACCAGAUGCCAAAGACACUGUAGAGAAAUGGUUAGACAAUGCUACAGAAGAAGAAAGACAAGUCGCGUUGAGGUUUUUCAAUUCCCUUGCUGGUAGUAAACUGAUGGGAAUAUCUGUUGCUGAACAGAAAAAGAGGCUGCAACAGGUUAUCAAAACAUUAGAAGAUGGGGAUGGUAAAAUCGAAACGUCUUCAGAAUAUAAACCACGACGAAAGAUGAUCCCGAAAGGCAAAGGAAAAUUUAAUCACAUUCGUUUACUUACACCAAAUACCAGGAGUAACAGAUGGAUGCAUACCACGUGGCAUCAUUUGCCAGAAUAUAAAGAAAAAACGGUGGAAAACUCGAGUUCUCAUUAUAUAAGACCACAUGAACCGAUAUCUCGCCAUUUUGUCAUUCAUCCUGACUGGGGAUAAAGAUACGAUCAUUCUAGUGACACAACAAUCUGUGAUAUGUUUGUUUAAUACUUUAUAUUUUAUUGCAUUUUAACUUGUUGAAUUUUGUAAGUUUAUUCCUGUUAAAUUUCUCUUCGUUCGUCUGAUUUCGUAUUAUUAAAGAGAGAAUGUGCAACCUUAUAUGUUCGCUUUGUUGGCUGAACCAAUAAUCUAAACUGUGUUUUGA